UCACUCGAUUAAUUAUUUCAGUUGUACAUAAGUCAAUCACUAAUCAAGCACAGCCAAGCAAAGCUAAGACUUACAAAAGAAAGUUGAUAUUUUCUCUUCUUUCGAACCAUGAAACAGGCAUUAUAUACGAUGCAUCUGUGUAAAACAUGUAUAGAAUGUUUCAAAGGCAUGUCUUUGAGGACAGUCAACUCGGCAAUUCUGCUGCACGCACAGAAGUCAGCACCUCUUAGCAUAGUGACACAAAGAAAUAUAAGCACAACUCUUCCGCUACAGAGGAAGAAGAGAAAACAAACAAAAUAUAAUCCUGGUGUUCCACCAUUUACUGUUUAUGGAGAUACACAUAGGCUAAUGAGAGGAGCUUGUGUAAAUGGAGAGAGAUAUGGGCCAUUGUUUGAUAAGCCAGACUACACAUUUUUAGAUGGGAGACCUACACCUCUAACACCAGAGCAGAUGAAACAGAAAGUUGAAAGGAGAGACUUGGCUGAAAGAGUAAUGAAAUAUUUACAAGAAAUAGACACAGUGAAGAGCUACAAUAAACAAAAGAAGGAAGAGAUCGAGAACUAUAAAAGGCAAAGAAUAGGAGAGAGAUUGAAAGCAAAGAGUUAAUGUUAAUAUAACUAUAAUAUUAGUAAUAAAUUUGUUGAUUAAA